AACAAAAAUGUCGAUAACCGAAAAAAAAAAUAAUAAUUCCAAUUACGUUGAUUGGAUAAAUAAAGCAAUCGAGAAAAAUUUUAUCACAUAUUAUGAUCAUACCGAAUUUAAAAAUAAAAAAGAAAUCGAAAAUAAUAAUAAUAAUUCGGUUGGAAAAAUUUUUAAAGUAAAUUGGAAUAACACUAACACUAAUUUAGUCGUGAAAUCAUCAUACGAUUCUGAUGUUAAAAAAAUUAUUAAUGAGCUCAAAGCGCAUAAAGAAGUUGAUUUUCAUAUAAAUAUUUUAAGAAUUUAUGGAAUUUCAAAAAUAGAAAAUCAGUAUUCGUUAGUUUUGGAGUACGCGAAUGGUGGAUCUUUGUAUUCUUAUUUAAAAGAGAAUUUUACCAUUCUUGAAUGGGAUGAUAAAUAUUGUUUAGCGUUACAACUCGCAGGUGCUAUAGACUUUAUUCAUAAUAAAGGUAUAAUUCACUGUAAUCUGCACGAACAGAAUGUAUUGAUACAUAAAAAUAAUAUAAAAGUUGCAGAUUUUGGCUUAUCUAAAAGGGUGAAUGAAACAUCAAAUUAUUCUAAUAAAGCGUUAGAUUUUCUGCCUUAUUCAGAUCCAACAAACUUGAAUGUUACGUAUAACAUCAAUCAACCUCGUAUAACGAAUUUCAAAUCAGAUAUUUACAGUAUUGGAAUUCUUCUCUGGCUAUUAUCAAGCGGUCGUAGACCUUUUUAUGAUGAAGGUACAAAAUACGAUAUAAAUUUAGCCAUGGAUAUAAUAAAUGGAAAAAGAGAAGAAAUUAUUAAGGGUACGCCUGUUGAAUAUAGUGAUAUAUAUACAGCGUGUUGGUCAGAUGAUCCUGAUGAAAGGCCUUCUUUACAAAUAGUAAUUUCAUGUCUUCAAUCAAUAAUUGAUCAUUCCAUCAAAUCUAUUACAAAUGAAAUUGAGAAAGAAUCGUUAAAUAAUGAUUUUGAUAACAUGAUGGAUAAUUAUGAUUUAUCUCUAAAUGACGACAAUCCCUCAAAUCUUGUGUCAAAUAAUUUCACUGAUUUAAAUAAUAACGUUGAAGAAAAUGUUGAUAAAAUAAUUGACUACGUUAUCAAAUUGCAUGAUGAAUUUGGUUACACUAUUACUGAAACAGAAGAAAUCAUUAGACAACUUUUUGAAAGUAUUAGUAAACCUAUACAAAUUAAAAUUUUUGAUUGGCUUAUUAAAAAUCAAACAUCAUCUAAAUAUAUUUUCUUUUGUGGCUUUCUUUACUUUAAUGGAAUUAUUGUAAAAAGAAAUGAAGAUAAAGCAUAUGGUUUGUUAUUAAAAGCAUCAAAAGAUAAUUAUCCUAUUGCUCAAGUCUAUUUUGGUAAAUUGUACAAAGAUCCUAAAAAAUCCUUUUAUUGGUAUCAAAAAUCAGCAGAAAAUGGAAAUAAACUUGCAUUACUUUAUUUAGGAAAUUGUUAUGAAAAUGGAGAAGGAACUAAUCAAAAUUUUGAGAAAGCAAUCUUUUCAUAUAAAAAGGUAGCAAAUAAUGGAAAUAAAAAAGUGCAAUAUGAUUUAGGUUAUUUUAAUCAAAAUAGAGAAGGAAUUGAACAAAAUUUAGAAAAGACCAUUUAUCGGUAUAAAGAAGCAGCAAAAAAUGGAAAUAAAAUUGCACAAUAUAAGUUAGGAUAUAUUUAUGAAAAUGGUAAAAGAAUGCAAAGAGAUAUAAAUAAAGCAAUUAAAUGGUAUGAAAGAUCAGCUAAACAAGGGUUUAGUUAUGCGCAAACUAAGCUGGGAUAUAUAUAUGAAAAUGAAGAAGAAAUUGACCAAGAUUUAGAAAAAUCAAUUUAUUGGUAUACAAGAGCAGCAAAAGGUGGAAAUAAAAUUGCACAAUCAAAUUUAGGAUAUUUUUACGAAAAAGGUAAAGGAACGCAGAAAGAUAUUAAGAAAGCAAUUGAAUGGUAUGAAAGAUCAGCUGAACAAGAGUAUGGUAAUGCGCAAUGUAGUCUGGGAUAUUUAUAUGAAAAGGGAGAAGAAAUUGAUCAAGAUUUGGAAAAAGCAAUUUAUUGGUAUAAAAAAGCAACAGAAAAUGGUUACGAAGCUGCGCAUUAUUAUUUGGGUAAAUGUUAUCAAUAUGGUAUUGGUAUUGAAAAAGAUGAAGUUAAAGCAUUUGAGCAUUAUAAAAAAUCAGCUGAAAAAGGAUAUUUAGGUGGGAAAUAUAUACUUGGUUAUUGUUAUGAAAAUGGUAUUGGAACUAAUAUAGAUAAAGAAAAGGCGAUUGAAUUGUAUAAAGAUGCUGCUGAAGGAGGAUAUGAAGAUGCAAAAAGAAUGCUAGAACUCCAAUCAUCUUACGAUAGCUUGAAAAAAAAUCAUUCAAUGGCCGAAUCACAAAAUUUCUUAAUUCCGAUUUGUUGUUCUAUCUUUUUAUUUUGUAUAUUUUGUAGAAUAAUCCUAUACAUUUUAAAUUGUAUUUUCAAAGUGUUUUUCUAAGUGAAUUAAAUAUUGUUAUAUAACGCGCGGAGUCUUGAUUUAUUCUUUCUAGAAUGUUAAUUUAAGAUUCAAAUGUACAUAGAAUUUGUAAAGUUUGUACGCCUACAAUAUUUAAUGGGUAACAUGAAAUUAAAAAAAUAUAAUUUAUGAAAUAUGAAUAUAAACAAUGAUUAUAGUGUUCCGAAGGGUCGGGUUUUGAGGUAUAUUCGAACUCGACCCGAGCGUAAAAGUAAUGACCCGG